ACAAGAAAAUAAGAAAUCUGAAGCAGAAACGUCAUCAAAAAGCAGGAAGAAAAACUUAAAAAUCAAGCCAAGUGAAAAGUGAAGUGAAAAAUCAUAAUUCUCCUUGGUUGCAAUGUGCCGGUGAAAUAAAAUUACUUUGCAUGAAUCCUGCUUUUAUUAGAAUAAUUUAAAAUAAAAUCAUCCGACAAUAUGAACAUCAAAAGAAUCCAUUUACCAUCACUCAUUCUUACCUCAUUAUUCCUCUGUGUCCUGGCAAAAACAAACAAGAAUGUGGUCAUUGAUAACAUCAACGAUGUCAAAGAACUCAAAAAACUUCUACGCACCAAAACAAACGUCCUUAUCAUGUUCUCCUCAGGUAGUCGAGACAACCACUCGAAUGUGAAAGUUUUCCGUGAUACCGCUGAAGCGGUCAAAGGAGUAGGAACAAUGGUCCUUAUUGAUUGUUCCCAUGCUGAAAAAAAGAAAAUCUGUAAGAAACUCAAAGUAACACCUUCACCAGUAACUCUAAAACAUUAUAAAGACGGUGAUUUUCAUAAAGAAUACGAUCGUCAGAUGACUGUAAAUAGUAUGACCAAUUUCAUGCGCGAUCCAACAGGUGAGCUGCCAUGGGAAGAGGACCCUAAAGGGUCAGAUGUCUUUCACAUCUCCGACUAUGCAACGUUUCAAAAGUAUCUAAAAAAAGAGCCAAAGCCUACAAUGGUGAUGUUCUAUGUACCAUGGUGUGGCUAUUGCAAAAGAAUGAAGCCAGAUUUUUCUUUGGCAGCAACAGAAUUGAAACCCAAGUAUGUAAUGGCUGCCAUGGACGUGGAAAGAACAGAAAAUGCUCUGGCAAGGAAAGUUUACAACAUCAGUGGUUUUCCUACCCUCUUAUACUUUGAAAACGGAAAACUUAAAUCAACUUACGAAGGCGAAAACAAUAAAGCCGACCUGAUGGCUUUUAUGGAGGAUCCGUCCGCACCAGCAGCAACGAAACCGAAAGAAGAAGACUGGUCAGCAGACACAAGCUCUGAAAUUGUUCACUUGACCACUAUGGGGUUUGAACCGGCAAUUAAAGAUGAGAAGUCGGUGUUGAUUAUGUUCUAUGCUCCUUGGUGUGGGCAUUGUAAACGUAUGAAGCCAGAGUAUGAAAAAGCAGCUAUAAUGAUGAAAGAAAAAAAUGUACCCGGUAUAUUGGCUGCUCUUGAUGCAACAAAGGAGAGUACCAUAGGACAAAAAUAUGCUGUCAAGGGCUAUCCUACUGUGAAGUAUUUUGUAAAUGGGGAAUUUCAGUUUGAUGUCAAUUUAAGGGAUGCAGAAAAAAUUGUUAAUUUUAUGAAGGACCCCAAAGAACCACCACCACCUCCACCGCCAGAAAAAUCAUGGGAAGAAGAGGAAUCCGAUGUGGAGCAUUUAAAUGAGGAAUCAUUUAAACCAUUUUUGAAAAAGAAAAAGCAUGCUUUGGUGAUGUUCUAUGCUCCUUGGUGUGGUCAUUGUAAAAAAGCUAAACCAGAGUUUGCGGCCGCAGCUUUAGAAUUUCGUGAAGAUCCAAGAGUUGCCAUAGCUGCGGUUGACUGCACCAAACACGCCUCAGUAUGUUCUGCCUAUGGAGUUCGUGGAUACCCAACGUUUAAGUAUUUUAGUUAUCUUAAAACAAACACCGAUUACAAUGGCGGUCGAACUGAAUCGGAUUUCAUAAAAUUCAUGAAGAAUCCAGUGGAUAGUAGUAAAGAACCUACCAAAGAACCUACCAAAGAACCUGAAGCUUAUGGAGAUUUUCCCGGUGCAGAAAAUAUUAUCAUACUGGAUGAAAAUAUUGAAGCUAAGGCCAAGGGAAUAAAACGACUUUUGGUAAUGUUCUAUGCUCCCUGGUGUGGACACUGCAAGACUUUAAAGCCUGAAUUUGCUGCAGCUGCUGCUAAAGCAACAACCGAUGCAUAUCGCCUAGGGGCAGUCGAUUGUAAUGUUCAACAUAAGGCAGUCGAAAAAUACAAAAUAAAAGGGUUCCCGACAUUGUUACUAUUUGAGAAUGGUAAACAAGUGGAUACUUAUGCGGGCCCGCGCAAGGCUAGUGAUAUUUUAAAAUAUGUUAGUAAGCAAUCAAAAGACGAGUUAUAAAUGUAGGCUAAAGAAAAGUACUGCAUUAUCAUUGCAUUUAUUUAAAUUUUUUUUGUCUGAAUUAUGAUGAAACAUAGAAAUUGAAAAACUAUCGAAAAUAAAACUAAACUCAGGAAAGUUUAGUUUCAUCCUCCUCCUCAGUCUUUUACUCUCAUGCUCUCUCCACUUUUAACAUAUGUUAUGUAAAUUCAAAAAGUAUUUUUUUACCUAUAUUAUAAUAAUACUUAUACAUUCUUGUUUAAAUUUUUUUUUAUUAACAAAUGCUAAAAUAAAAUUAAAAAAAAAGUUCA